AUGUCUUUCUUCCGAUUGAAGGCGACGCGCCGGGCUUAUCUCACCCUUCUCCUGGAGCCGCUCAAGGAAAAGCGCGAUGCAGGUGUUGGAAACGAGGCUGUGAUUCGCCCGAUGCACAUGCAAAUGAAGGCGCUCGGGGUCACUGAGAGGACGACACUAGGCCCGCUGCUGGAUGAGCGAUUCCCACCUAGUGCUAGGCGUGCGCAAUCUGCAGUCUAUCAGCUGCACGUUGGACAAUAA